CAUAUCAGCUGUGAGUCUCACAGUGCUCACUUUGAUCUGUGUGAGAAAACAGCCCUUUGUCUCUGACUCUGAAUCAGUGGACAGGAUGAAGUGUACUGUGGUCUUUCUUGUGCUGUCCAUGGUCGUCCUCAUGGCUGAACCUGGAGAGUGCAUCUUCGGAAUGCUUUUCCAUGGAGCGCUUCACGUUGGCAAAAUGAUCCAUGGGCUAAUCCAAAGGAACAGCAGACACGGAGAGCAGCAAGAGCAGCUGGACAAACGCACAAUCGAUUACAACCCAGGGCGGCCUGGUUUUAACUAAAGAGGCCACUCUGAAGUAUUGUUUGAAUGAAAACAACAGCUUCUAGCUUUUGAGCCAAACAAAAAAAAAUAUAUCAUCCCACAAGGGCAAUCAUCACUGAAAAUAUAUUUUUGAUAUAUUUUUGUCACUAUUGAUUAGGGACAUUUGAAUUCAUUCGAGAAAAAGAGACAUAUGGAAUAAACCUGU